AUGGGUGACCAGUUAGUUGAUCUUUAUGAGCACAGCUGAACAGUGGAAUCAAUAUUCUAAGAAGGAACAGAUACCGGUAACAUGGGUUGCUGUCAUGGAAUAAGGCGACGUUCUGCGGAACAAGAUGUGGAGUUGGAGAGACUGGGUGUCAGUUCUCAACGUGCGAAUAGCCACCGAUACACCAAUACGAUACUCAGUGGUCCUGCUGUUUGCGUAAUGAACCCUGAGCGACAAGGAUCAUUUGAGUUUUGGGACGGAGACGAUCCAGCGACACCGGAACGUAAGGAUAUCAUUGAGGAGCUGCGGCAUUCAAUCUGGUGCUUGGAUAAGAGCUACGCGAGGAGAAGGAUGCUGCAGAAGCGGAAAGAGUGUCGUCUUUCCUUCUCGUUACAAUGAUGUUGUACUAUUCACAGGACUGUGAAACGUAUGCGAUGUAAAUAGGAGUCACUGACGUUGGCACUGGACAGGCAGACUGUUUGCUUAAUUCUCUUCAUCUUACUACAUGUAUAUUAAUAUUAUU